UUAUUGUACCCGGCACACCAAAUAGCCGGUGUAAACAUUAUGCAGCUGUUUAAUAUCUUAGAAAAAGUUAGAAGUGUAGUUAAGUAUUAAAUUUAAGAAAUCAUCAAUAAAAAUGUUACAAGCCCGACGAUUUUGCAGUUCAUUUCAUCGAAUAGACAAUAUAGGCAAAACCAGUCAGCCCGGUGAUGCUUUGGGAGUGAGAGGAUGGAUAAAAAAUAUACGAAAACUGAAAAAUAAUAUUUUCCUGGAUGUCAAUGACGGUUCGACAGCACAGAAAUUUCAAGUGGUGGUACCAAAGAAUGAAAAAACAAAGGCGUUGACACCAGGAAGCUUAAUAAAAGCUUCGGGGAAUGUACAACUUGCGCCCCACGGUCAUUACGAGUUGCAUGCGGAAGAUGUAAACAUAAUAGCCGAUGGCAACUUGACAAAGGGGUUUCCAUUUUCACCAAAGCAACAACACGCUCCUGAUUAUGUAAGGGAUUUCUUACACUUGCGAUCCCGCGUGGACUAUGUUGCAGCCGCUAUGCGCCUUAGGCACAAAGCACAAAAAGCUUUGCAUGACUUUAUGGAUAGUAACGAAUUCGUGCAAAUUCACACACCAAUAAUGACCAUGAAUGAUUGUGAAGGAGCUGGAGAGGUUUUUACUGUACGUCCUGAUUCUGAGGAUUUGCUUAAGCAAAUGUCACGACCGGGUAUACCAGUGGAUGAGAGUUAUUUUGAUUCAAAAGUUUUUCUUACAGUAUCGGGACAGUUGCAUUUAGAAGCCAUGUCUUACGGCUUGGGAAACACUUACUGUUUUGGACCAGCAUUUAGAGCAGAGAAUUGCAAGUCGCCUUUGCAUUUGUCAGAAUUUUACAUGUUUGAGGCUGAAUUGGUCCAUAUGGAAGAUAUAUAUAAACUGUGUUCAUUUGUAGAAAACAUGAUAAAAACUGUAUCACAGCUAAUUUCUAAUAACUGUACCGAAGACCUGGAAUUUUGCCAAAAAAUAUCCUUGGGCGAAAAGGGUAAACUUGAUUGGCUACAAAAAGAUUGGGUUAUAUUGCAAUAUACAGAAGCCCUAGAUAUCGUUUCAAAAAAUAAGAAACACUUCAAAACUGCUGUUAAGCCCGACGAGGGAUUUUCUAAAGAACAAGAACUGUUUUUGGUUGACCAUUUCAAAUCGCCAGUUUUUGUGGUGGAUUGGCCAGCAAAUCAAAAACCUUUCUACAUGAAACAAUCUCGUUCCAACCCUUCUGUAGUUCAUGCUUUAGAUUUAUUAAUGCCAUCUGUAGGAGAGUUAUGUGGUGGCAGCCUACGUGAAAGUGAUGAAGAAAUCUUGAGAAAUCAUCCGCAUGUCCCAGAAAAUUUAGAAUGGUAUAUGGAAUUAAGAAAAUACGGCGGAGUUUCUACUGGUGGAUUUGGCAUGGGAUUUGAACGUUACUUACAAUUGUUAUCAGGUAUUAAAAAUAUUCGCGAUGUCAUACCGUUUCCUAGGUAUCCCCAUAAUUGCAAAAUGUAAAAAUAUUGACUUUACAUUUAGGUAAAAAAAACGUUUUGUAUUAAAAUAUAAAUGAA